GACAAUAAAUUUUCAUCUCUGGUGAAAAAUUAAAGAAAAUAUUGGGAAAAAAGUGAUGAAUUACUGGAAAUCACCCAACAAACGACGGUGCAUAGCUGGGGGCAAAGGAAAAUAAUAUUUGCCGGAGCCAUAACGUGGCGGAUCGGUCGAAAUAAUUGGUUUUAAUUGGAAAUUCUCUGCAUUUGGCCCCACAUGGAUGGUUGGGAUGGUGGAGCAUUCGCGAAGGAAAAUUAUCCAACCGUGAUUUGCCAGAAUAAAUGUGCUGAGAGAGACUUGCAGGAAAUUGUCGAUGAAAAUGGGAAAUUUGCGAAAUUCUAACGAACGAAUUUGUGGAAAACGGCAAUAACUUUGUGUUUCUUUCUUUUUUUUGGCUGAAUGGAAAGGAAAGCAGCCGUUGGUGGACUUUUUGUUGUGAUUGUUGCAAGUUGAUGUGAAAAUCUUCCAUGAUCUCUCCAAUUUUCUGAAAUAAAAAAUAGAGAAAAAAUUCAAUUCAAUUCUCUGGAAAGGCAGAAAGAAAUAGAGAAAAAAAUAAAUAAAGAAAAAUAUGUGGAAAUUAUUAGUUUUACUGAAGAAAACUUGUGUUCUUUUUUAAAAAUAAAAUAAAAAAUAUAUAUAUAUAAAAAAAUCAUAAUUCUUCAUAAUAAAUUAAAAUAUAUAUAUAUGUAAGCAAGUUUAAUAAUAAAAAAAUAAUCUAAUAAAAAUAUAUAUCUCUAAAAUAUGGGCCGCAUCUUAUAAGAAAAAUCCUUAAAGUGGUUAAAAUAAUAAUAAAAAAUAGUUUUUAAGGCUUCAAGCUAAUAAGAAAAAAAAGAAAGAAGAAAAAAUAUUUAAGUGUAAGAAAAUUUGUUUUUUUCUGGAAAAAUAAUUUUCUAAAUGUAAAAAAAAUCAUAAAAAAUAAUAUAUAAUAUUAUUGCCCAAAUAAUUAUAUAAAUAAAAAAUACAUCAGUGCAAAUAGAGAAAAAAAUCAAUUUUUAAUCUAAAGGCAAGUGGAAAAAAGCAGAGCAAAAAAUUAAUAAAAAAUAAAGAUUAUUAAAAAAAUGUGUUGAAAAGUUGUUGGCCGCUGCACAUUUUAUAAGGCUCGUGUAAAAAGUCCAACUCACAGCCUAAACGACCCGACCGCCCACUCGCCGCAAGAUCAGCAAGAACUCUUUAACUCCCUAUCAUCUCCAUAACGCCACACACACACAUAGAGAAGGGAGAGAGGAGAGAAGGGAGAAAUAACAUUGCGAAUUUUGUUCUUGCUACGAUGCCAAUGAUGCAGCUCGAUCGUUCAGGAAUAGAAUAGAACCCCCACCCAAAAAACAACAACAAAAACAAAAAUUAUUUCUAUGAAUUUCGGCAUGAAAUGGAAGCAGCCAUACGUUCAUCAGUACAGGUUGGUGGUCCUCAGCCGCCACCUAAUGGUGGUCAAAGUCAACAGCAGCAACAACAACAACAGCAACAUCAACAGCAGCAGCAGCAACAACAGCAGCAGCAACAACAGCAGCAGCAUCAACAUCAUCAGCAUCAACAACAACUUCAUCUUCAUCAUCAUUUACAACAACAACAGCAGCAGCAACAGCAACAACAGCAAAAACAAUCUGUUGAUAAUGGACCAACGUCCCAACAACAGCAGCAGCAACAACAACAGCCACAACCACCCUCACAUCUUUCACAGCAACAGUCUCAGCAGCAACAACAACAACAGCAGCAACAAGCUGCCGCAAAUAUGUCAACCUAUCAGCAACAGCAAAGGAUACCCGCUGGUGCAUCACCAAUUCAUAGGCCAAUUGCCGACGCCUCAGCAUCAUCGUAUACCCAGGGCGUCAGUGGAGGCCUGGGGCCUCCACAUCACAAAAGUAUGCAACAACACCAGCAAGAGUUAGAUGCUCAGAAAAUGCAACACCGCGACAAGCAUGUGCAGGAACGUAUGAAACAAUUGUUGGAAGAUCAGCAACGGCGACAGCAGCAGCAUCAGCAGCAACAACAUCAUCAGCAACAACAGCAUCAGCAACAGCAACAACACCAGCAGCAUCAACAGCACCAGCAACAACAGCACCAGCAACAACAGCAUCAUCAUCACCAACAGCAGCAACAGCAACAACAACAACAACAGCAGCAGCAGCAGCAACAACAACAGCUUCAACAAAAAUCCUCACGUUCGGCAGCUAGUCCAUUGUCACCGCCACGGCCUGGACCCGGUUCGCAAGCUGCUGCCAAUGCCUAUGCCCAAUACACCGAUGUCAAUGCUGUUCGCGAAGCCCCAAAUCGCUUCAUUCUGCAGAGUCCCUAUGGCCUUGGUCCGGGAGCUCAGUAUCGCGAUAGUCCAUACACUAGAAUAUCAACACUGCAAGCCGUGCAUUCGGAUUACCGCAUAUCAGGAGCCUUGGCCGCUGCAGGAGGCGUACCACCACCCGGCAGUACUGGCGUUGUUCAAGGUCUUACGCUACCUCCUGUUAGCAUUAGUGCAUCUCAUGGUCUGGAUACAUUGCAUUUUGCCCAUCCACCUGCGACUCAUCAAGGCGUGUCAACUGGGUCAACGCAAUUGCUUAGCAGUGCUCCGCCCAGUUCGGCGACUGGAUCAAAUUCGGGGUUGCCUGGUCCCAGUAGUUCACCACACAAUGCCAACAAUAUUUCAGCGGCGGGACAGCUGCAGCAACCUCCGCCGCCGGUGAGUGGUAGUGGGGGCAGCAUAAUGACUGGCGGUGGCAAACGCAUGGUCUUGUCCACUCUUCAUCGCCAGCAACCACAAUAUUCCAAUGCUGAUUAUCUUCUGGGUACUGCAGCUGCAGUAGCUGCCGCCAAUGCCAACGCCAUGACGGCCAAUCGAGGGCACGGUGGACAGCCUCAGGCUCCUCCACCAGACCCGGGCGGACAACAGCCCUACAAGAAGCUGAGACUGAGUGAUGUUACAAAAAGCAUUACUAAUUCUUCAAAUCACCUGCCACCUACAACACAUCAAGUACAGAAUGUCCAACAACAACAACAGCAACCACCUCCGCCUAGUCAACAACAACAUCAGCAGCAGCAACACCAGCAUACACAACAGCAACCUCCGCUGCCACAACAGCGUCAACCGUCACCGGCAGUGGGUCUGUCAGCAGCUCUGUUAGCAGCUCAGAGUGCUGCAGUUGCUGCGAACGCAAUGCGAUCCACUUCUACUGACCACGUUGGCCAUCCAUCGCUGCCUCCACACACGCAUUUAUCGGUAUUGCCGCCGACUCACCUAACCCCGCAACCUCCACAGCAGGUACCUUCUCAACAACAACAGCAGCAGCAUCAACAGCAACAACCUCCACUCCAACCUCAAGCGCCUGUGCCUGCCCCACCCUCAGCGUUAACAAUGCAACAACUGAAAGUGGAGACACAACAACUGCCUCCUCCUGCGACAGUGCCCACACCUCCAAUGAAUAGGGGAACACCAACUUCGCUGGCGAUAAAUACAGCAUUGAAUGUAAUAACAAAUUCCACCACAACAUUGGGAAGUAAGACAUCAUCGUCCGCUACAUCUGCGGCUGCUUCUGGUCCUACAUCAAACUUUUCAACCUCACCAUCAUUACCAGCUGCUGCAAGCGCCAGCACAAGUGCAACGACAAAUACCGCUCCCCUUACGUCAUCUUCGACGGAAGCUUAUCAUCCCCAAGUGGAGGCGAUAUCACCUACGCUGCCAGCCGACAAUGCCGAGGAUAGAGGACGCACUGCCAAAGAAGAUCUAUUGAUGCAAAUCCAAAAGGUGGACACAGAGAUCACCGGGGCCGAUAGCUCCUUGGAAUCACUGCGGAAGAAGGAGAAGAGCUUACUGGCCGCAGCCAAACAGAUACAGGAGAAGGCCGAGGCGGCAAGGAAAAAAGCUUUGGCCGAUGUCGAAGACGAUGCCGCCAAUUCGUGGCGUACCCAAACAUUGGCCCAAAAAAUCUACAUGGCGAACCGUAAAACGGCCGCCGCACAACAUUCCAUACUCGACAACUGUGGCGAACGCAACCUGUUACCGUUGUACAACCAGCCCUUAGAUGUAGAACAUCUGACGACUCUGCUGCAACGCCAUCAGACCACAAUAAAAGCCCCACUGCUGGAGUACAUACGCAAAAUAAAGCACGAUCGCCAUGUACACCGCACCAAGCUGGUGGACACAUAUGCCCAAAUGUCUGCCGAGUGGCAGAAGCGUGUAGACAAAUCGGAAGCGAGCGCCAAGCGCAAAGCUCGAGAAGCUAAAAAUCGGGAAUUUUUCGAAAAAGUCUUUACGGAAUUGCGCAAGCAGCGCGAGGACAAGGAACGAUUCAAUCGUGUCGGUUCGCGCAUUAAAUCCGAAGCAGACUACGAAGAAAUUAUGGACGGCCUGCAAGAGCAGGCUAUGGAAGUGAAGAAGAUGAGGUCGUACGCCAUUAUACCACCGAUUAUGUAUGAUGCUCAUCAGCGCAAAUUUGUCUAUCACAAUGAGAAUGGUCUCGUCGAAGACAUGGUGGCUGUGCACAAGGAGCGAGGCGCCUUGAAUGUCUGGACAACCGGUGAGAAGGAGAUUUUCAAAGAGAAAUUUCUGCAACACCCCAAAAACUUUGGGGCGAUAGCAGCCAGCCUGGACCGAAAAUCGGCCCAGGACUGUGUCCGUUACUACUACCUCAGCAAAAAGACCGAGAAUUACAAGCAGCUGUUGCGGAAAUCGCGACAGAGAACCAGAGCCUCAAAGACGCUGCAGAAGACACAACAGCAACAGACUCAGUGCAUCAUAGAUUCGCUGACGACAGGUGUUACAACGAGAUUGCAGAGAGAACAGCAGCAGAAGACCGGUGGGCGGUCAGCUGCUGCAGAAAGAGAGCGCGAGAGGGCUGAACGAGAAAAAGCAGCUGAGAAAGCAGCAGCAGAGGCGGCCAAAGCCGCAGCCAAGGCAGCAGCUUCUGCUGCAGCUGCCAAGAACGAGACAACAUCUAAUGUUGAAACAGUCUCCCAAGGCAUAGAUGCGGCGGACACAACCACCAGCGCAUCAACCUCGGUGAGAACGAAGAACAAAGGUUCGAGUUCAAGUUCGACGCCGGGUGGCAACAAAACGGCAACGACGACGACUUCAACAGACAAACCAUCAAGCGAAGCCGGGACGACCGAAACGAUGGCAUCCACUGGAACUGCAGCUAAAACGAAAGCAGCAUCUGCGGAAACGUCUGCUGAAGGCAAUGUGGAAGAUACAAAAGCAUCAGAGACGACAGGUGGAGUCCUAGCAAAAGAGGACAAGAAAACCGUGGAUACAGCGGCGUCCUCGAUAACGACGUCUGGUGGUGAUCAGAUUUCUGCUGUACCCAAGAAGCUCGAGGAUAGUGGGUCAGUUCCCACCACUACCACCAGCAACCCGCAAGUAUCGACGUCAUCUUCGACGACUGUUGUUACAACAAAUACAAAUUCAAAUCAUCCGCCCUUAUCAACGCCCAAUGGCAUCAAAACUUGUUAUGCUGUUGCAAUGGCAGCUCCAAGUGCUACAGCUACCCCAAUUUUGGCACCAACUGUACCAUCUUCCACAACAGCAACAGGAACAGCAGUUGUAGCGACGACAGGUAUCAACAACGAAGACAAACCGGCGUCAUCGUCCACAACUGGCAAUGACAAACUAUCCACGGGCAGCAGCAGUAAUGGUAAAAAUGCCGCAGCCGGAACGCCAAUGGAUGCUGCAAGCGUUGCCGCCGUCGCCACCAGCAAUAAAACAAGUACAUCCAAUAAUGUUACUACACCGACUACCUCAACAACGGCUGGCAAUUUCUUGGGCCAAAAGCUAAAAGUAGCACAGGUCGAAAGUCUUAUGGGUGCUGGUGCUGCAAGUGCCGCAUCAACAAACAAUGACUGCAACUCAGAUGUUAGUGAUCCCAAAAAGAAGCGUCUGGACUUGGACGGUUCUUCUGCAACAAGUUUAUCCAAAACACAAAACAAUGCUACCACCACCAACACCUCAAUCAUCAUUAAUCAGCAACAACAACAGCAACCUCUGUCUAAUGCUAGUAAUACAGCAGCAACAAGUAGCAAUCCUGCCAAUAACAAUAGCAAUGCCAAUAAAAACAACAAUGCAAAUGAUAUCGCCUUGGGUUCCGGGCCUGCAUGUCAUACCGUUAAUCUAUUAGGUACGGCAGCGCAGGCAGCAGCUGCAGCCUCAUCAACCAAAUCGUCAAAUCUUACGACUCCAAUCCACGGUGGUGCAGCGUUGACACAUUCCGUCGCAACCUCAAAUUCCUCCACCGCAAAUAGCAACAACAACAAUACAACCAAUGCAUUAUCAUCAUUAUCGAAUGCUGGCGGUGUAACGACCACAAUAUCAUUGGUGGGCGGCGAUGUGAAUGUCAUCGAUGGCAAAGAUAAACUCGCCACCUGUUUUGUUUGCAAAGCUGAAAAUUGUCCCCGUACUCGCCCACUUAAAAAGGGUCGUGGUCAACAGUAUGGCAUAUCCGAUGAUACUAUACCAGUUGGUGCACGUGUCUGCAAUACAUGUCAAUGCAAAUCGGUGCGCACUCGUUAUCCCAAUUGCCCCCUACCGACCUGUCCCAAUCCCAAAGAUCGUGCCAAACGUUUGCAUAAUAUACCAGCCCGCCUUUACGAACUGGCGCCGGAUGUCCGCGAUCCGAUUAUGCAAGAAUUCCAAAUACCUGCCCAAGCAACGCGUUGCUGUUCGGCUUGUCUGAUGCGGAUUCGUCGCAAAUUGGAUCCUCACAUAAAUCUAACGGACGAAGAACGACGUACAGAGGGCGAUGAAUCGGAUGUCAGUACGUCGUCGUGUGAUGAACGCGAACCAGGCGGUAGCGAUACUGCAUCUGUGGAGAGUCCGGAAAAUCCUCAGCGUCAUAAUUCGCUUGCCAAAGAUCUUGGGCAAAAGCCAUCUGCACAAAUGCUUGGCAGCGUGCAACCAGCAGCAACGGCUGCCGGAGGUAUAUCAACUGCCAGCUCGGCUGGUGGUAUUGGAAACAGUUCAAGCAAUCCAGACACUACCACGCCCACUGUAAGUGGUGGCGGCGGGAGUGGUGCUGUUAGUGCUAAUGCUGGUGUUGGUUCCCAAUCAGUAACAAUUAUCAAGUCGGAUGAACGUUUGCUGCCACCAUUGGGCCAUGCCCCCAAGAAACAAAAGACUUCCGAGGAAUAUGACUCCUCGGCCACAGAAACCGCCGAUGAAGAGAACGAAAAUUCUCCAGCCAAUCGUCAAAGUCCCAAAAUGAUAUUGAAUAACACGAAUAGUAGUAGUAGCAGCAGCAAUUCUGUUGUAGUCUCCUCUGCCACUGGACCAAGUGCAGUAAACCUGCAGGGCUUUCUCUUCUCAGUUAUUGAGCAUUCGUUCAAACAGAAAGGUCCACCUCCAUCUAAGCCAUCCAAUCAACCUCCGUCAAAUCAACUGCCUAAUUCUGCAAUGACUAAAGCUCAGCAGCCGCCUAUGCGUCUGUCCGUCGAUUCGUCGCCCAACAACAGAAUUCGUAAUGAUAUUUUAGGCGGAAGCUCUGCUAAUAACAAUUCAAAUAACAACAGUAGUAACAACAAUAGCAGCAACAAUUCCAAUUCCAAUAAUGAUGUAAUGCUAGUUAGAGAAUACCGCAACGACGGAUCCAUUAAACAUCAACCUCAGGCUCACGGUCAACCGAUAGUUGCCAGCGGCGGUGGCAUCGGCAAUGCCGAUAGUGGAUCGACUCUAAAUUCCGUACAAAACUUAAAUGUACGACAAUCACAAAAACAAGCGCCACAAUCUGCUGCAAAUGCUCCAGGCCAUCCAGAGAAUUUGGCCACCCUGUCAGUGGUGAACUCUUAUAUACCGGGUCAGCAUUUGAUGCCUCCAGGAGGUCCAGGUGGUCUAAUGCAUCACCAACAGCAUGACAUUAAGGCCACAAUUACUCCAGUACUAAAGUCAGGGAAAACAUCGACGCCGCCGCAUGUGGUGCCCGGCCCGCCUCCUGAUGCCAUUAUUUAUGCUACAUCUCGCAACAACGAACCGGAGCCACAAACAUUGGAUCUGUCUAUAAAGAAACCAUCACGGGAUGGUCCUUCUCCCCAUAACUCUUCGUCGCUAAAUGCGUCAUCGUCGUCCUCGUCUGCAACCGGCGUGGGUGGUGGCAGUGAGAGCGGCCUCUCGCGACAUCAACAGCCUCAAACAAAUACGGCAGUUAAACAUGUUGGCAACGCUCCCAGCAUAUAUCGUGGUUCCGAUCCCACUCCCCUCAUCGGAGCUCCGAACAAUCACGCGUACCUUUUUCAUCCUCACUCAGCGAGUGUCGGUGUGGGUAAGGUUCCACCACCGGGAUCUCUUUAUGUGUCACAAGUACCUGUCCCCAUUCCACCCACCAUACCAGUAAGUAGUGGUUCGGGACGUGGUGGCCCAACUUCUCAAGCACCGCCUUCUCAACCUCCGCCAUCGCAUAUGCAGUUGUCGAGUCAACACAGUAAAGGCGUGGGAGGCCUUAAUAAGAUGCCACCAAAAUUGAGUCCACAACUUAUACAUCCGCCCAGUUCUCACGGGCAGGCGCCGUCGCCUUCACAACAGCAACAACAACAAUUGUUGGUCGGUCCCAAGGGUUCGAUUACCCAUGGUACACCCGUCAGUAAUGCCGCUCAACAAAUCAUUGUGCACUCGGCCACUGCUGGAGCAACACUAAGUCCCAAGUUUGACAACUUGCUGCGUCAAACACCUCCAUCGGGCGCUGGUGGGCCAACAGAGAACAACAAACUUGGCUCCAUUACCCAGGGGACUCCCAUUCACUUGCCGGCCCCUUUGGACAGCAAGCGAGCUUACGAAUUUGCUUUCAAGCCGUCACAGAGACAAAGUCCAGCCCAGCAACAUCACCCACCACCGCCGCCGCAGUCGCAACAACAAUCGUCGCCACAGCCGCCACCACAAAACGCCUAUGCUGUUGGCAGCUAUUCGAGAGCACCCUACACCGUGGAACAGUCUCCGGUACUGAGCACCAGGCAGAUUGUUAUGCACGACUAUAUAACGUCACAGCAGAUGCAGGGACAGCAGCAACGCAGUGUGCCCAGGAGUGGUAGUGCUAAUUCGACGGGGGCCCCAGGAUCUGGAAAGGAAUCACCGUCGCCACGCAACAGCGGAAGCGGUCUAGUAUAUUAUGAUAAGGAUAGGGGCCGUACAGAGUACUCUAGCAGAGAAUCACCAGCAGAACACAGCAACAGUACUCCCAGUCCACAUCGUACUCCACCACCGCCUAGGCAAGGUGUUAUCCAACGCCAUAACACUGGCGGUUCUAAACCACCAUCACCUGCAGCACCACCCCAAGGUCGGAUGCAUGUUGUGAUGUCGCACAAUUAUCCGCCAGCCGGUCACGAUGCAUUCUCGUCAUUCGUUGAUCUGGCCGUACAGCAGCCACAAUUGCCAGUGCCCUCACAGAAAGAUGACAAGUCCUCGUCAUCGGCAACAUCGGUGACAUCGGGUCCGCCGCCACCGCCUUCAUCUUCGGGCCAGUCGCAGCAACCACCACCUCCCACACAUCACGAUGCCAUCCGCUAUCAAAUGAAUCGCGAACAACACAUAGCUGUCCUUCAUCACCAACAACAAGCCAUGGCUGUUGCAGCGGCCCAACAGCAGCAGGCUGCACAACAUCAGUACAGGCAGCAUGCUGAUAUGCAACGCCGCUACAUGGAACAGCAGGCGAAACGCGAUCGUGAUAUGCAAUUGAAGAGACAAGAACGCGACCGCAUAGAACGGAUGCACGCGGAACGGUUAGAUCGUGAGCAACGAGAUCGUGAAAGAGAACGCGAGCAACGAGAUCGUGAAAGAGAACGCGAGCGUGAUCGAGAACGAGACCGCGAAAGAAGGGAACAAGAAAGAGCUGCCGAAGAACGAGAGCGUGAUGGCAGACGUAUGGAACGUAUCUACGCAGGUAAUGCAGUAACCGCAGCGGCUGUUGCAGCUGCUGCAGGUGUCGCUGGGCCCCAUUACAUACGUGGCCCACCCGAUUCAGGACCACCGCGAUCGAUACCAGAUCGUGAAAGAGACCCAUACCACAGAGACCUAAGACAUCAAGGGCAACCGCCAACCGAUGCAACACUGUCCGCCCAGAACUUAAUAGAUGCAAUAGUUAUUCAACAAAUGAGCCAAAGGAGUACAGAGCCCGGCAGCAUGAGUGUCAAUCGCGAUUUGCCCAGAAGUGGAUUUUACAAUUCUCGUGACAUUGGUGCCCCACGACAUGCGUCCAAUGUGAUAUCCUCCUUACAGGCCGCGGAGAAUAAUGGCAAAUCCUCUUCGCCGAAUGUUAUUAAUAUUGAUUUGGACAACGAUCGGGCCAGUGUCGGAUCCUCUUCAUCGAGCGGUGUACCUGGCAGCAGUGUUCAACACGAAUCGACACAAAACGCCCGUAAUGUUCGCAACAGUGGACCACCACCACCCACAUCACAAGCUCCCCCUUCAUCACAAUCGUCGCAAAUGCGAACGAAAAAUAUAACUUUUGGCGAAUUGGCCGAAACCAUUAUAACGAACGACUACGGCACGGUUCCCAUGCAUUUCAGGCCUGCUCCACAUCCAGCCAAUUUUAUGCCCUAUAUGCAGGAUGCUCAGAGCAUAGUAACCCCGGAUAGAUGGAAAAUGAAUAGGCGUGUGCAAAAAGAUGCGGAAGCUGCUGCCGCCGCGGCUGCAUCAAAGGCGGGAUGUCCACCAAAUUCCCAAUCAAGCGUAAAUUCUAGUUCUGGCCCUGGCACGCCGACAAACAGUGGUGGACGUUCCACUACACCCGGUGAUGAUCGUAAUAUUAUACGAAUGCCCCAGGCGGUGAGUCCACGUAAAUAUCUGCCGGAUUUCAUGGCACAUGAAUACCAUUACCAACAACAACAGCAGCAGCAGCAGCAACAACAGCAUGGUGCCCCUCCACCGGGUGCAAGCCAUGGUUCGUCUCUGAUGAGGCAGUCGCCCUAUGAUUCAGGACCGGGCAGUUCGGCUGGUGGUUCAUCAUCCUCAGCGCCACCAUCACAGGUUGCGCAAAUUCACACAUUUGAUACCAUGAAGUAUGUGCAUGAUCGGAUACAGGUGGUAAUGCGAACAGAAGACGACCACCGGGCCGGUGGUGGUGGCGGCCCAGUGGCCAAUGAUCACGACCAUCGUCUCAAGGAUAGCCAUGAGCCACGUAAAACACCAAAUCAAUAUGAUGAGAGAGAUAGUGGAAGACAUUCGGCUAGCAGUGAUUCAUCGCAUCCCUCAAGUAAGGGCGGCGGUGCUGGAGGCGCUGGCAGUGGUGGAGCUGUUGCCUAUCAACAGACCCCUGUGACAACAUUUGCAGCCACAACCUAUGCGUAUCCCUACAGUGCGUUGAAUGUACCGAGCUCGGCCGGUGGUUUGCCGCCACCACCACAAAUGAGUCUUAAUGCAGCCCACCAAAUGCAAAGCAGCGCUGCAGCAUCGGCACACAAACAGCCAACACAUGUUUUGCAUAGCAGUGGCGGUGGGGUACAUGAUGCUGGACCCAAUUCGGUGGUAAGCACGACGUCCGGCGGCGGUGGUGGCGGCGGCCCCGGUGGUGGGCCUGGAGGCGCAUCAAAUGAACCCAAACCUUUGCUUUCGGCUCAGUACGAAGCCCUGAGCGAUGAAGAUUAGUUGUGACUUCAGGCGUCUGCUGUCGCCAAUGUUAGAUAUCAUCAUCAUCCCAAUCAGCAGACGCAUCAUCCUAAACAACAACAGCAGCAGCAGCAACAGCAACAUUACCAUGUGACAACCCAAGCCAAUAGUAGUAGAUAUAGUAGUGAUGAACAACAACAACAACAGCAGCAGCAGCAACAACAACACAAUCGUAUACGUAGUCACAAGCAGCCCCAAAUGCAACAACAGCAACAUUAUCAGCCGGCAACGCAACUCUUACACCCACAAGCGUCGUCUAAUCCACAACAACAGCAGCAGCAACAACAAUACUUUCAGCAACAGCGUACAGUGUAUAAAACCCACGACUUAACCAUUGAACAGCCGCCGCAUCCAUCCCAAAUGCAACAACAGCAACAUUAUUCUCACAACAUGCAACAUCCAUUGCCGCCACUGCAACAGCAACAACACUCAUUUAAUGGUAAUCUGAAAAAUAACAACAACCUCAAUGCAAACAAUAACAACAAUCGUUAUUUUUAAGACAAAACAAAAAAAGAACAACACUUUAAGAAACAACAACAGGAAUCGUGUAUAUGUGUGUUGUAAUUGGCUUAUUAUCACCAUAUAGAUAGAUAUUGAAACAGCAAACUACAUUUGAAAAAGAAAUUUAAACCAAUCCAUGUGCUUUGCAAAACUUAAAAUUGACUCGUAUUUUUUCAUUCAUUUUUUUUUAGUUACCUUUUCUACCUUUUCUAAAUAUAUACUGACAAGAUUCUUUAAAAACGCUUAUCAACAGCAAACAUAAAUGUAUAUUUUCUUAUUUUUAUUAAUUUUCAAUGACUUUCCUUAAAUUGUAAGUUUUCUUUUCGUUAAAACAAAAAACACAUAUAACACGCAGAAAGAAAGAAUUUUGUUUAUAAUUGAAAACUGUAAUAGUAAGGAAAAAUAGAGCAAAAAUGCAAUGAUUACAAAUUAUAUUUAAAUAUAAAUAUUUAUUAAACAAACUACAAAUAAAUUUCUUUAUGUAAAGUUGAAAAAACAAUGCACAAUGUAUUGGAUAAAUUAUUUCGAUACUUGUGUCAUCGUUUGUGUUCAAAAACUGGACACAUAUUCUGUGCAAAAUUUAGACCUUUACCGACAGUUGAGAAAUGAUGUUUUCUUAUGUGAAUGGUUUAUGUUUUUCGGUCAUUUCUUCUCUAAUAGAAUAUAUUUUCCGACGAUAAAAUUUGUGUUUAUAUAUAUUGUCGUAUUUAUUUUCAAUAUCAUUUCUUAUUAUUGUUAUAAAAUCAGAAAAGAGACGUUAAUUUCGGCGAAACAUAAAACAAAUAUUUUCAAGGAUUUUUUUUCGUUAGUUAUCAGAAUAAUGUUUUUUUAUCUAGAAAGUUUUUAAGAUCUUAUUUUCCUUUCCAUCUUUCAAGUUAAAAUUCGUGUGACUUAUAUUGGCCAAUACACAUGCACAGAAUUAGAAAAUUUGAUUUGUUUCUUUUGUUGGAUUUAUUUCGUAUUUAAAUUUAACAUUGAACCAAAUGAAAAGCAAGAAAAUUAAAUUAAAUGUUAAAAACUGUUGGCUGUUUUUAAAUAGAUAUAUAAUAUCACAUAAAUGGAUGGAUGUAAUGUUUUCUGUCACAUGAUAACAAAAAAAAAAAAAAAGCAACAAGUUCUUUUUUCACACAGACAUUUGUUGGAUGGUUGACCAAAUCUUGGUUUAUAGAAACGAAGGCGAACAUUAAUGUCACCAUUCAUAGAAAGAAAUGAAACCACUUUAACAAAAACUACCUAUUUUUACAAUGAAAUAAUACACACAUACAUAUAUACGGAAAAUCAAUAUAAACAUUAAAAUAUACCUAUAACAAAAACAACAACAAAACCGCUAAGACUAAUGCAUUACACCUCUUAACAGGAAAGUAAAAAAUUAAAAACAAAAACAAAAAAAAAAACAACAGAAUGCAAGUAAUGAAAAACCGACACUUAAAUAAUGUACAAUAUUAUAAUAAAGCAUACAAUAAAUAUAUACUAUACAGAUACAUAAUUAUAUAGUUUUUCAUAAUUAUAAAAUGAUAAAAGUUAAAAUAUAAAAAUAUUCUUGACAUACAAGCAAAAUGUUAAAGGAAUAUACAUUUGCAAAAUAAAAAAAAAAACAGACAAAAAAAUAUAUAUAAAAAAUACUACACACUGUAAAAUUCAGUUGAAAAGUAACUUUUAUGCUGCAUAUACAACAAAUUAAAUUAAACUAAUAAUAAACAGUGUUUUCUUUCAUUUUAAGUCAAUACUAUAAGAUUUAAUGAAACAAAUAUAUAAAUAUUAUAAUAUAAUUAUAUAUAUACAUACAAUUACAAAAUAACCUUAUACAGAAAAUAUAUAGAUAUUUAAAAUAUAAAAAACAACAACAACAACAACACUUUAACAAACAGAAAUGAUCUUUGCAUUACAAAAUCUUGUUUUUAAGUUCGUUUAAACUUUAAUUACUUGAGUAACAAAAAUUACAAAAAAAAUCUAAUGAAAAUAAAUAACAAAAAUUUAGUUUGUAAUUUUGCCUUAAGUUCUAAGCUUAAACAUAAAACAAAACAAAAAAAUAAAAAAUUCUAAAAAAAAAACAAUUCAAGUAAAAUCUGUCAAGAUAUAAGAGAACCAUGUAUAAAAAUUCAGAAUAGUUAUUUAGUUUAUAAAUAAUUGAUAAAAAAUAAAACAAAAACAAACAAAAAAAUAAAAACAUUGCAAAACCUAUAAAUAUAAAAGUAAUGAAAAUAUUAGCUUAAUAUAAUAUUAUUAUUUCUAACAUUAAAAGAAAUUCAUUAUUUUCUAAUAAAAGAAUUGUUCCCUUCGAUUUUUUAUAUAUAUAUUUAAAAAAAAAUAAUAAUUCAUCAAACUAUUUAAAACACAACAAGAAGUAAUAAUAACAAAUUUAAAUAAAACUGUGUUUUUGUAAUUAUAUUUAAUAAUAACUGUCCUUCCCCUUCUUAUAACUCGAAGCUAAACGUAAGAAACAAAAAAAUAUAAAUUUGAUUUAAAUUGUUUUUUUAAGAAUUGUAAUUUUUUUAGGUUAUAACUAUUAUUUUUAUUAUUAAUAAUUCUUUUUUACCUACUACCUAAGUAGCAGAACCAGAUACAACUGAUGCUUUAUGACUUCUAUUACACAUAAAAUAAAUGAACAAUUUUCAAUAAAA